AAUUGAACUAUAUCGACUUUCUUGUAUAGCUAUAGUCUAUGACGCACGCGAUGCAUGCAUUAAAACAGCAACGAAUACACAAUGAAAUUUUCCUUCCUUUUAUCUCGCUAAAAGAAAGAGAAAAGUCAUGGUAAAUGUCACGAAAGGAAUAUUGGUCGAAUGUGACGCAGCUAUGAAAGAAUUUCUUUUACAUCUGGACGAGACUUUCGCUUUGGGAAGAAAAUUUAUAAUUCAAGAUCUGGACGAAAGACACUUGUUCAUCUCCAUCGAUAUCUUGGACACUCUACAAGCGAAAGUAGACGAUCUUAUGGAUCAAAUAUCGUUUCCUCUAGCAGAGAAAGGAAUCUAA